AUGUAUCAGACUGUCGACUCAACCGUUGCUGGUGACGAAGUAAGGUUUGAGGAUUUCAGAGAAGUAAAGGAGAACAUGCAGCUCCUUGCGAAGAAGUUCCGAGAUUUGGAAGGAGACCACGUCUUUGGAUCUGCUGCCAAAGAAAUGUGCCUUGUAUCUGGGUUGGUGAUUCCGGCCAAAUUCAAAACUCCAGACUUCGAAAAAUACAAGGGGCAUACUUGUCCAAAGAGCCAUCUCAUCAUGUAUUACCGAAAAAUGGCUGCACACGUGGAGGACGACAAGCUGAUGAUCCACUGCUUUCAAGAUAGCUUGAGUGGGGCUCCUUCCAAAUGGUAUCUAAGUCUGGAUCAGAAUAGGAUCAGGUGUUUCCAAGACCUGUCAGACGCGUUCAUAAAACAUUACAAAUACAAUAUGGACAUGGCGCCUGACAGAAGACAGUUGCAAAGCAUGUUCCAGCAUGACAAGGAGUCCUUCAAAGAAUAUGCUCAAAGAUGGAGGGAACUGGCUUCUCAGGUUGAACCACCUCUUGCUGAGAAGGAAUUGGCCGAACUGUUUAUCGACACUAAAUGGCAACUAGCGGUUGUAGCUGGAACUUCAAAUGCUAAUCAAAAGAAGUUCUCUAGAGGGUUUCCCAGAAAGAAGGAAGGGGAAAUAAAUGUUGUGACUGUUGGUCAAGGAAGAGCUCCUCCAAGAAGGAGACCACAACAAUAUCCACCUCAGCAGUAUGCUCAACAACCCUUUCCCUAUCAACAACCCAUGUAUCCCGUCCAGUAUGCUCCGCAACCGUACGUGGCUGCUGUGACGCCUACAUUCACUCAACAGCCUGCUCAGGCUUAUCAAGCGCCUCUAGUUUAUCGGCCAGCUCCAGUUCAACAACGUGCUGCGGUUCCUCCAGCUUAUCAACAAGCACCAGCAGCUCCUGUCUAUCAACAACCAAGAGCUCAAGCGCCAAGGCAAAAUGCUCAGAACCAGAAUAGGAGACAAGGGGAUAGGGCGACCUUCAAUCCAAUCCCAAUGACGUACACUGAGCUUUAUCCCUCCCUAUUGCAAAAGGGUUUGGUGGUUCCCAGACCUAUGGGACCUCCACCUGAUCGUCUGCCUCCGUGGUACAACCCUAAUGCAUACUGUCCUUUUCAUGAAGGUGCCCCCGGGCAUGACCUAGAGGGUUGCUACACUCUAAAGCAUAGGGUUCGUGAACUGAUUGAGAGCAAGAUCUUGUCUUUUAAGGACAUGGGACCGAAUGUGAAGAACAAUCCUCUUCCUCCCCAUGGAUAUCUUGCAGUAAACGCCAUUGAAGAUGCCUCUGUUGGUGUUACGGUUGAUAAGGUGGAUGAUGUUAAGACUCCUUUGGCAGCGUUCCAUGCCCGAUUGGUGGAAGCUGGCCUGAUUAAUGUUAAUCAUGACAACUGUGAAGAGUGUGCCAUAUACCCAAGGGGGUGUCAGGUGGUACGAGACAACAUUCAAGACUUGAUGGAUAAAGGAGUGCUUCAGAUAUCCAGUGUUGCGAAGAACGAAGACGUGUUGGUAAUUGAACCUUGUUUCAAUUUACCUGAACCAAUUGAAAUCCCAUAUUACAGUGGUGGAGUGGUUCUGGUGAAUAGAAUGAGCAGAAUGACCCGUAGUGGUCGAAUCUAUACGCCUAAAUUCAAUGUGACUCCUCAAGGGUCGGCCAAGGAAUCAACAGUUGUAGCUCCCACUAAAGAACCCGAAGUAGUUCAAUCCGAAGAUGCUGUUGAAUUCCUGAAGGAGGCUUUGUUGAAGGUGCUUGCCCAAGCUCAUGUAACACAAAACAUAACAGUUGACCAAUUUGAUGGAGUAGUUGCAAACAUCACAGCCUGCAAUACUUUGAGCUUCAUUAGAGAGGAAUUACCUGAGGAUGGACAAAAUCACAAUCGUGCUCUCCAUAUCUCGGUAAAAUGCAAAGAUGAUGCUUUGGCAAGAGUUUUGGUUGAUACUGGAUCUUCUCUGAAUGUGAUGCCAAAAAGAACACUCGCCAAAUUAUCUUAUCAAGGACCAGCUAUGAAGCCUAGUGCCCUGAUAGUGAAAGCCUUCGAUGGCUCCAGGAGAACCGUGAUUGGAGAGGUUGAAUUGCCUAUAUUGAUUGGCCCUCACGUAUUCCCGAAUAAUUUCCAAGUCAUGGAUAUUAAUCCAGCAUAUAGCUGCUUGCUGGGACAUCCUUGGAUUCAUGCUGUAGGGGCAGUCACCUUCACUUUACAUCAGAAAAUGAAAUAUAUCGAGGCUGAUGAGGACGCUUUGGAAACUUCUUUCCAACCUCUUGAAAUAGCCAAUGCCACUUUUGUGGAGAUGAAGGACCCUGUUGGGAAAGCUUGUUCAUCGUUCGCUUCUCUGAAAAGCGUAAAGUCUAGCAUUGAAGGAGGAAACCCUGAAGGUUGGGGUCAACUUAUUGAUAUUCGUGAGAAGCAUGAUCGCUUUGGUCUAGGAUAUGUGCCUUCCGCUGCGAAAGGAGCCCGAGUCCCUACAAAGGACAACACCCGAAGCAUCCAGGAAGUAUUCCUUAGCACAUGA